AUGUGUCGUGCCGGACCGCACUCGACAGCAGCACCCGGGCGGUCUGUUCCGCCGAGCGACUGCGGCCCAUUCCGCGCCUGCCUUCACGCCCCCUCGGCUCUUCCUCUCCUCCCCCGCAGCCCGCGUCGGGAAGCAGAGCGAGUGGGAGGGAAAAAAGAGGGGGGGAAAAAAGAAAAGAAGAGAGGGUGUGUGGGCGACAGCAGCCCAGCAGCAGGGAAAGCACGCCGCGGCCCGCACAGGGGUCGUGUGCGGCAUCACCCGGCGCAAGUAAAGAGCGGACACACACGCAAUGAAUUAUUCCUCAUAACCACACGCAUGACUUACAAAAACAACGAAGCAACGCGGGAGCGAACAAAACGUCGUAAACUUCAACGGACCAAAGAUUUAAAAACAAAGAAGAAAAAAAAUUAA